AUGAACUUACAUGUCACGCAUUUAGAAGAAGAGAUUAUCAAAUUGAGGGAUCAAGUUGAGAAGGGUGAAAACCAGGUUGAUGAGUUGUCGGAAGAAUUGAAGUUGAAAGAGGAAGAGUUGCGUAGUCUGAGAGAGUUUUCUGAAAAAGAGAUUUACAAGUUGAAGGCUCAAAUUGAGGAAAGUGAGACCAAAAAACAUGUUCACGAGAUUUCAAAUUUGGUGGAACAGCUAGAGAUGGCUAAUGAAAAGCUCAAAACAUCAGAAGAUGAAAAUGCAGUUUUGAGGAAGGAGCUUGAGAGUAAGGCAUGUGAGACUCAUCAACUGCAAGGUCAGCUUAUAGAGGCAGAAGAAAAUAUGGCUGAAUCAGAUUUGGAGUUAGUUUCAGGGAGAAAGCAUAUUCAAAUACUAGAAAACUUGGUUGUGAUAUAUGAGCAAGAGGUGCAAACUUUGAAGUCUAAAAUGGUUAAUUCACAGAAUAAAUUCUCUUUGGAGAAAGAUGAGUUGCAUUUUGAUAUUGCAAGUUUGUUUAAAACAAAAAUAGAACUGACCUCUACAUUGGCCGAUUGCGAGUAUAGAAAGAGCGAAUUGGAAGGCAAAUUAAGGCAAUAUGAAGCUGAAAAGUUGAAGCAAGAAGAACUACAUGCUACUACUCAAAAAGAACUUCGCUGGAGAUUGCAAGAUUUAGAAGCUAUAACUAAGGAGCUAUGCAUGGUAAUGAUUGAAAGAGAUGAAGCCAAUGCCAAAAUUGAUAGGCUUGAGGCUGAGAUAUGCACCCUCAAGAUUGAUAGGAGUGGAUUUCUAUAA